CAAUGCGGCUUAUCGACACAGCGAGAUAUGUCGGAAAAACCGUAGCCAUACUUCCUUCUUUCACAGCGGUGCAAUCAUUGACAAAAUGGAAUAGAUGUAGAUGCAGCAGAUGAUGGUGUGACUAUUUACAAGCUUUUGUGGAAUGAGCGUGAUUAUGUGCGUAUGCGUGUGCGCGUAUGUGCAUGUGAGUGUCGACGUGUGGAUCGGGAGUGCAUUGGUGUGUAGAGUCGUGAGACGAGAUGAGAGGGGAGGACGAAGGGCAAGUGUUAGAGGUAUGGCGUGCUCGCCAGUGAAGCAACAGCCGAUGGAAAGCGUGCAUAGCAAUCCUCAAUGUUCCUUUCCCAGCCCCGCUUCAUAAGAAGUCGGACGCUCCCUCAUCUCCUCGUCGCGAGCC